GGAGAGUGGGGAGAAAUGGACACCCCCUGCUAUUUUUAAAACUAGUGGACCAUAUUAUUUUGGACCAGAAUAAAAAACUUCAGUAACAUGAGAUGUUUUUAAAAAACCAUUUCCUUUUCCUUAAUUCUUAUGCACAUGUUUUUUUUUUGCAUACGGAAAUUUUUCAGUCACAAAACAAGUAUUUUCUUAACCAAUUUGCACGUCUAUAUUUCAUUGGAUCUACAUCAGAAUUCAAGGUAAGUUUGUAUUAUUGUAAAACGAACAUUUCUUUAUAAUAAUUUAUAUCUUUUGCCUUACAAAUUCAAUAAAUAAAAAUUUUAUAGUGUUUUAACCAAUUCAGGUACCAGUGGGGAGAAAUGGUCCAUAGGAGGUCCGUUUCUCCCCAUUCGUUUGAUUCAUGAUUGGCAGUAGAUUUCUAUAGGGAUGAUAUGCUUAUAAUUAGCAUUUUGAAUCUAUAUAGAUGUAAUAAUGCCUCGAGUUUACAUAAGGAAAACUGACAAAGGCAAAGUGCCAGAGUCAGUUAUGAUAGAUGCUGUAACUGCUGUUGAGAAGGGCAUGACAGUUCGACAUGCUGCAAAAGAAUUUAACAUUGCCCGAUCAACACUGAUUAACAACAUUAAAAAGGCUAAAACUAGUAAAAGUAACCAAACUAGCCUGUGUCCCAACUAUCAGCACAGCCUGAUAUUUAAUGCAGAGCAAGAAAAUUGUUUAGCAACAUACCUGGCCAGGUGCUCAAAUAUGUUUUAUGGCCUAAAAACAAAAAAGGUUCGUGCUCUAGCCCUUGAAAUGGCUUUAGUGAAUAACAUAAAAUGCUUUGCGUCAUGGACCACCUAUUCAAUGGCCGGAAGAGAGUGGCUUUUUGGAUUUAUGAGACGCCAUCCAGAACUUUCACUCAGACAGCCUGAAGCCACAUCACUGGCACGGGCUACAGCGUUCAACAAAUUUAAUGUCAACACAUUUAUGUCCAUUUAUCAGCUGGCGGAGCUUGGAGGCACAGCUUUUCUCAAGGCUUCUAAAAAACAAAAUAUUUUGUCUGGCUUUAGUGGUGUGUGGCCUCUAGAUAAAGGCAUAUUUUCGGAUGAUGAAUUUCUGCCUUCGGACGUUACAGACAGGCCUAUGGUUGCAGACCCAGAAUUACCAGACAUAGACAUUGCAAGACCAAGGGCACAUUGUAGCUCAUCAUCACCAAACACUGACACUCCUUUUGUUCCUGAUGCAACUCCACAUGAGGACACAUCAAUAAAUGUUUUGGCAAUAUGUCAGAGCGAUUUUAGAUAAUCUUUUGGUAUUGAGCAUUUCCAUUUAAAUGGAACUAGAAUGAGCAUGUAGAUCUACCUAAAUUAAACUACUAAUUUAGCACUCUCAAUAUCUAUAUCUACUAGAUCUAGAUCUAAAAUAUAUAUUUGGGAUAAUGCAGAUGUAAUUUAGAUAAGAUUUAUAUAAAAAAACACUAGAUAAUCAAUUAAUAGACUAAUUGCAAUAUGAAAUAUUAAAAUAGUAGAUUAGUUUUAGUAUUUUAUAACAUUGCAAUAUUGACAAUCUAGACUUUAGAAAUAAAAAUCUAGUCUUUAAGCCUAGAAAUUAUAAUUAUAGAUCUUGAUCUAGUCUAAAUCAUGCCUGUCUGGUAGUGCGAUUUGCGCACUGGGCUGUCGUUUGGAUUCAUCGAUGGUCCCAGGUUCAAACCCUGCCCGCUCCCAUCCCCCGUCGUCCUACAGGAGGUUUGGACUACAACUCUGAAGGAACAACCGAAACAUGUAAAACAACAAACAUUCUAAACUAGACCAAGAAAUUCUAGAUCUAGAUUCUAUAAUGAUUUUAAUUAGAACUUAAAUCUAGAUCUAGUUUUAAAAAUAUAGCUCUAGUGUAAAAAAAAAUCUAGAUCUAGUGUAAAAAAUCUAGAUUAGAUCUAAAUCUAGUUAUUAUGUCUUUCUAAAAUGCGAAUCACAUUACGAGGUUUAAUAAACAUUACUAUACUGAGUUGUUUUAGCAUUUAAAGAAUUUAUUCCAUAUGACGUCAAAGGAAAAAAAUCCACUACGUCACACAACCUAGUUAGACUAAAAAAUAUCAUCUACACGAGCAGCUAGUUGAGGGUUCAUAGACAUUGGUGCACCGAGUGAUUUCUUUUAGCAUUUCAUUUAAAGAAUUAACUCCAUAUGACGUCAAAGGAAAAAAAAUCCAUUACGUCACACGUCCUAGUUAGACUAAAAAUGUCAUCUAUACGAGCAGCUUGUCGAGCGUUCAUAGACAUUGGUGCACCGAGUGAGAUCUUUUAGCAUUUCAUUUGAAGAAUUAACUCCAUAUGACGUCAAUGGAAAAAAAUUCCAUUACGUCACACGUCCUAGUUAGACUAAAAAUGUCUUCUAUACGAGAAGCUUCUCGAGGGAUCAUAGACAUUGGUGCACCGAGUUUGUUCUUUUAGCAUUUCAUUUCACGGGCUAGUUAGACUUAAUAUAUAUAUAUAUAUAUA